UCGGCCGGAGGUGUUGGGGGGGACCAGUCGCAGGCCACAGCCAAUGGGCGCCAGUGGGCCGGGCAGGCCCUGGCCGGUCGCCUAGGCGAUCUGCCCGCGGUCCCCCUCCACCCCCAGCCCGGGCUUCGCGCUCCGGUGCGGGCUGGAGUGGAUCGCCGCAUCCGAGUGUAGCCGAGGCGGGAUGAGCACCUGGAGCCUCCGGCGGAGGCCGGGCCGCACACUCGGACUCCUGCUGCUGGUCGUCUUGAGCUUCCUGGUGCUCCGCAGCACAAGUGUCUUCAUGUUGAGCGUUGUGUUUGUCUUGUUCCUGACUGCGUCAGCUUGCCCUUCCCCUGCAGCCUGGUCCAGCUCUGUGAGUGAUGCUGAAGAAAGACUCCUUCCAAGGUUGGACUGGAGCACCCUGAUGGGGCUUCAACAUCGGCGAUUAGGGCUGCAGGCCAAAGGCCAAAACUUUAUGCUGGAGGACACAACCUUCUGGAUCUUCGGGGGCUCCAUACACUAUUUCCGUGUGCCCAGGGACUAUUGGAGGGACCGCUUGCUCAAGAUGAAAGCCUGUGGCUUGAAUACCCUCACCACCUAUGUCCCAUGGAACCUCCAUGAGCCAGAAAGAGGCAAAUUCGACUUCUCUGGGAACCUGGACCUGGAGGCUUUUGUCCGGCUGGCUGCUGAGAUUGGGCUGUGGGUGAUUCUGCGCCCAGGCCCAUACAUCUGUGCUGAGAUCGACCUCGGGGGCCUGCCCAGUUGGCUGCUCCAAGACCCUGGCAUGAAGCUGAGAACAACUUACCAGGGCUUCACUGAGGCUGUGGACCUUUAUUUUGAUCACCUGAUGUCCCGUGUGGUGCCACUGCAGUACAAGCACGGGGGGCCCAUUAUUGCUGUGCAGGUGGAGAAUGAAUAUGGUUCCUACAACAGAGACCCUGCUUACAUGCCUUACAUCAAGAAGGCCUUGGAGGACCGUGGAAUCAUAGAACUACUUUUGACCUCAGACAACAAGGAUGGCCUGCAGAAGGGAGUGGUCCAUGGAGUGCUGGCCACCAUCAACCUGCAGUCCCAACAGGAGCUACAGUCACUGACCACCUCUCUCUUAAGUAUCCAGGGGAAUCAGCCCAAGAUGGUGAUGGAGUACUGGACAGGGUGGUUUGAUUCAUGGGGAAGCCCACACAAUAUCUUGGAUUCUUCUGAGGUUCUGGAAACAGUGUCUGCCAUCACCAAUGCCGGCGCCUCCAUCAACCUCUACAUGUUCCAUGGAGGCACCAAUUUUGGCUUCAUAAAUGGAGCCAUGCAUUUCAAUGAGUAUAAGUCUGAUGUCACCAGCUAUGACUAUGAUGCAGUGCUCACGGAGGCUGGUGAUUACACAGCCAAGUAUGGCAAGCUUCGAGACUUCUUUGGCUCCCUCUCAGGUACCCCUCUCUCUCCCCCACCUGACCUUCUCCCCAAGAUGGCCUAUGAGCCAAUGGAACCAUUUCUCUACCUGUCGUUGUGGGAUGCCCUCAAGUACAUGGGGAAGCCCAUCAAGUCGGAAAAACCCAUCAACAUGGAGAACCUUCCAGUAAACAACGGGAAUGGACAAGCCUUUGGGUACACUCUGUAUGAGACCACCAUCACUUCAUCAGGCAUCCUCCGUGGCUGUGUGCGUGACCGGGGCCAGGUAUUUGUGAACACAGUGUCCAUAGGAUUCUUGGACUAUAAAACAACAGAGAUUGUUAUCCCCUUGAUCCAGGGUUAUACUGUGUUGAGGAUCUUGGUGGAGAACCGUGGGCGAGUCAACUACGGGAAUAAUAUUGAUGAUCAGCGCAAAGGUUUGAUUGGAAAUCUCUUUCUAAAUAACUUUCCCCUGAAAAACUUCAAAAUCUACAGCCUGGAUAUGAAAAAGAGCUUCUUUCAGAGGUUCGGCACUGAUGCGUGGAGUACUGUCCCUGAAGCACCUACGUUCCCGGCUUUCUUCUUGGGUUCCCUGUCCGUUGUCCCUUCCCCUUCUGACACAUUUCUGAAGCUGGAGGGUUGGGAGAAGGGGGUUGUGGUGGUCAAUGGCCAGAUCCUUGGACGAUACUGGAACAUCGGACCCCAGGAGACUCUCUACCUCCCAGGGGCCUGGCUGAACUCAGGAGCCAACCAGGUCAUUGUUUUCGAGGAGACUGUAGCAGGUCCUAUGGUGCAGUCCACUGAUACCCCUCACCUGGGGAGGAACCAGUAUAUUCACUGAGCAGCACCCCAUGCUUCCUGCCUGGACUUGCUGCCUCCAUCUCCCUGCAGGAGUCUCCUUAAGAAGCAACCUUAGAGAAUUGAGGGUCACAGACUGCCCUUGGUCUGAAACCCUACACCUGGGGGCCCUGAGGAGCACGGUGGAAUGGCACAGGGACUCCCUCUUCCUAGCUGGCUUCUCAGCCUGGCUUUGUGGCUGGUGCCUUACACUUCCUUGCCCCCAUGGGAGAGGCCUCAGGGACAUCUCUGAGAGCUGGGAGUGUUUAGUCAGAUAUAAGUGAUGAGUGCUGGGCCCCCAAACAAGGUGCUGAAGCUGGGGCAUCACCCCUGCUCCAGAGUUAGAGCCCUGCUGAUCAGUCUGCUGGAAACAGGUAUGCUUUCAAUGUCCAGGGUUGUGGCAGCCUCCUACAUGGCCCUUUUGUGUUCCUGAGGCUGUAGGUUUGCCGCCAUUUGUAGAGGAUAGGGAAGGUGUCUCACCUGAGUCAACUUUGUUUUCUCUUCAGCACCCUCCAUGAGCUGCCUCCACUGGAGAAACAAUGUCCUCUCUUUUUCAUUCCUACAAUCUCUGCAUCUGAUAGGAUGACAAACUAAGCUUAAGAGAAACAGAAGUACCCACUCACUCUCCUAAAUCAGAAAACAUUUCCAGUUGUUCUCAAUGAGAAGAGUCCUUUGAAGAGAAAUGUGGAUCCUAGCAGAAAGUACACCCCACAUCUGGCUUCCAGGGUGGGAAAGGUGGAGGUCCAGUUAGGUGGCUUCGGGCAUGUAGCCCGCAGAGAAUGUCGAGGUAGCCAGAAGGUGCAUAGAUCUAGCCUAGGCAUUGUCCUUAGCUUCGUAUAUCCCCUGCCCUUCAUGACUAGGCAGCAGGAGGUAAGGUAGCUUUUCUGCGCAGCCGUCUCCAUGUCCAGAUUGGAGGCUCUUUCUCUCAGAUCAAGUCCAAUGGUUUGGCUCAGGUUCACUGUCCUGAAUUGCAAUAAAGCAAUAGAGAUGAACCAAA